UAAUCGAAAAAUUAAUUAAUUUAUCUCGAAAUCAAAAUUUAAUGUAGUAACUUCACACCAGAGAUAACUUCACACCAACUCCCUCUAACAUCUAACUAACUUCACAACGUCUUGAGCUGUCAUUUCGGGAAAAAAUGGCGUCCUUUCUUAAGUUAACGAAAUCGGCUGCGAAAUUAACGAAAAAUGGGGCCCUCACACAGUUGAAUAAGAACUUAAGAGGAGCCGCAACUGCCGCUAAAACCCAAGAAGUUUUAUUGAACGUCCCGCCGACUCAAGUUACCUGUUUAGAUAACGGGAUUAGAGUUGCAACGGAAGAUUGGGGUUCACCAACAGCAACGGUUGGGAUUUGGAUUGAUGCCGGGAGUCGGUAUGAGAAUACGAAAAAUAAUGGAGUGGCUCAUUUUAUGGAGCAUAUGGCGUUUAAGGGUACCGGGAAACGUUCUCAAAGCCAAUUAGAGAUUGAAAUUGAAGAUAUGGGGGCUCAAUUAAACGCUUACACAAGCAGAGAACAAACUGUUUAUUACUCAAAGUGUUUGGCUAAAGAUGUACCGAAAGCUUUGGAGAUUUUAUCUGAUAUUGUGCAAUGUGCAAAAUUGGGUGAGCAAGAAAUUGAAAGGGAACGUGGGGUUAUUUUGCGGGAGAUGCAAGAGGUCGAGUCGAAUCUACAAGAAGUCGUUUUUGAUCAUUUACAUUCGGUAGCUUAUCAAGGGACUCCUUUAGCGAAUACUAUUUUGGGGCCAACUGCUAAUAUUCGAUCGAUUAACUCCGGGGAUCUUCGCCAAUACUUAGAUAAUCAUUACAAAGCCAGUCGAAUUGUUAUUGCUGGUGCUGGAGGGGUUAAACACAACGAAUUGGUCAAUAUGGUUAAAGAAAAUUUUGGAAAAAUAAAUAAUGAAUAUAAAGGGGAAGUUCCCUGUUUAACUCCAUGUCGUUUUACCGGAUCUGAAGUUAGAGUUCGCGAUGAUUCCCUUCCUUUGGCUCAUAUUGCAUUGGCGGUUGAAGGAGCGGGUUGGACCGACCCUGAUACUUUAACUUUAAUGGUUGCGAGUACUUUAUUGGGGGCUUGGGAUCGUUCUCAAGCGUCGGGGAAACAAAACGCGACUAAUUUGGCGAGGGCGAGCGCUGAAGGGGAUUUAUGCCAUUCGUUUCAAAGUUUUAACACUUGUUAUAAAGACACCGGGCUUUGGGGGAUUUAUUUCGUUUCUGAUCCCUUGAAAAUUGAGGAUAUGGUGUUCCAUGUUCAAGAAGAAUUGAUGAGACUUUGUACUAGUCUCACUGAUGGGGAAGUUGAGCGUGCUAAAGCUUUGUUAACAGCUAAUACUUUGUUGCAAUUAGAUACAACAACCGCCGUUUGUGAAGAUAUUGGUCGUCAAAUUUUGUGUUAUGGAAGGCGUAUUCCCCCGCAUGAAUUGACUCAUCGCAUUGAAUCGGUGACCGCGAAAAACGUCCGAGACGUUUGUUACAAGUACAUUUACGAUCGGUGCCCCGCUGUUGCUGCAGUUGGCCCGGUUGAGCAACUUCCCGACUACAACAGGAUUCGUAGCGCCAUGUAUUGGCUCAGGCUAUAAAUUUAACGAGGGGUUCCACUAGUUCAAUUUGAAAAUUUCAAACUUAUACUAUUAUAUUGUAUGUGACACCAUAAUUAUUAUCUUUUUUUUUUUGAAUAAAUCCGUUUUUUCCUCUUCCCCAAGAAAGAAAAUAAUUAAA